AUGGCGCCGGGCGGCUGGCGCUGGCUGCGCGGCCUGUGGACGGCGGGGCAACCCUUGUUCCAGGGCCGUGCGCUUCUCGUCACCAACACGCUGGGCUGCGGCGCGCUCAUGUUCGCUGGGGACGCCAUGCGCCAGUCCUGGGAGGUCCGCGCGCAGCCCGGCCAGAAGUUCAACCCGAGGCGCUCAGCAAGCAUGUUUGCGGUGGGCUGCAGCAUGGGCCCCUUCCUUCACUACUGGUACUUCUGGCUGGACCGCGUACUCCCUGCGUCGGGCCUCCAAGGCCUCCCAAACAUCCUCAAGAAGGUCCUCGUGGACCAGCUGGUGGCUUCUCCCAUGCUGGGUGUCUGGUACUUCUUGGGCCUUGGCUGCCUGGAGGGCCAGACACUCAGUGAGAGCUGCCAAGAGCUGCAGGACAAGUUCUGGGAAUUCUACAAGGCCGACUGGUGCGUGUGGCCAGCUGCGCAGCUGGUGAACUUCCUCUUUGUGCCCCCCCAGUUCCGGGUCACCUACAUCAACGGCCUGACGCUUGGCUGGGACACAUACCUGUCCUACCUGAAGUACCGGAUCCCAGGCCCCCUGCCACCCCCAGGCUGCGUGGCCCUGGGCACCCGAGCAGACUGAGCUGCCCACAUCUUCCCAGACCGGAUGCCAGACAGGGCAAGGCAGACCACCAGCUGCCCAGCCUCACAAUCAAAACGGGAAUAGGCUCCUGCAGCAAGCC